GUGCCCUUACCGGAACAGCUGAUUGUGCAGAAAAUUGCCUUUCUGUUUCUGAGGUACGCUUUUCAACAAAAGAAUACGAAACACAACUACAAGAAGAACCAGGAGCAAAAGAAGCAUCAAGAACAGGAGCUUUUGUUCGAGUGGAAUAAUCCGCAAUGGGCUUCGGGCUUCUCGUC